AUGACAACCCCCAACGCGCUGAGACUGGAAUUGGCGACUCCAGAGGAUAUCCCAGACAUGGUAGACCUCUGGUUUGAGGCGUUCAAAGACCCUGACAUGCAACGAUUGUGGCCUGGUACUCCGGGGGUACGGAAGUGGUGGCAUGAUGCCAACUAUAACGAUAUUAUCAACAAGCCAUUGGCACGCUAUGUCAAGGUGGUUGAUCCUGAUACAUUGGAUGCUCAAGGUCGGCCUCGUAUAGCGGCUUAUGCCAAAUGGGAUACAGCCAUGCCUGAAGAGCGGGGUCGUCGAUAUCCGCCUUGGCACGAGGAUAUGCCGAGUGAAGAGUGCCAGGCUUUUUUCAAGAGAGAAGAAGACGAGAGAAAGAGAGUUAUGGGCGACUAUAAGCAUUACUACCUCGACACACUUGCCACACAUCCCGAUUACCAACGACGAGGGGCUGGAUCCAUGCUCAUGAAAUGGGGAUGUGAUCUUGCAGACAAGAAUGGAGUUGGAGCAUAUGUGGAUGCGAGUAAAGCUGGCGCGCCAUUGUAUGAGAGGUUCGGUUUUGUCGAUGAGAAUCGGAGAUCGGAGCUCGGCGUCCAGAGUGAGAUAGAAGUCGCUGAGCCACGUGAAAUGACAUUUGGCUUAUUCAGCAAGACAGUGUGGUGCCUUCGACCUGCUGAUGCCGACGCCACGCAACGAAACAAUGUGCUUCGCGUUGUGACCAUCUCGAUUGCUUGCCCUUUGCCCAGCACAUCUAGUCAUGGCGGUAAGGCCAGCGCCGACCAGAAAGGCGAUGACGCCCUCGCCGGGCGAGAAGAACGAGGCGUCCGGAGCCACCGCUUCCCCCCUAAUCCUACCAGCAACAGAAGAAUCAAGUUCCAGGGGCUGUACAUCUGUGUAUUCAAUGAAGAAACGCAGCAUCAGAAAACACUCGAGGAAAACGUUGGCGAAUAUCAGGACUUUGAAGUCCCCAAGGGCUACACGACCUACGUGAGAGGCGCUGACGUCGUCUGCUGGCUUAUCUAG